AUACAGAAUGGUGGGCAGCAAAUUAUCAGCCAGCCAAAAAAAAAAAAAAAAAAAACUUUUGAAAUCCUUUCAUCAAAACUUCUUAAUCUGCUCAUUUGCAGUGAUGGGUAGAUUGAUUGUGGUGUUUCUAGUUCUUUCGGUUUGCCUGGUGUGUACCCAUGGAUCCAACACUUCAACAUCAGCAAGAGCUGGAGAGCCAAAGAUCAGAUGCAUGGAAGCGGAGAGGAAAGCACUCCUCAACAUUAAGAAGGAUCUUCAAGGAACGCGGAAGGACAUUGAUGAUCUUCUUUCUUCUUGGGGAAAUGAAGAGGAAAGAAGAGACUGCUGCAAGUGGCUCGGGAUUCGAUGUUCCAACAAGUCCGGUAACGUGAUCAGCCUUGAUCUUUCUCCGUCGACUUUUGGCACGAGUUAUUAUAACUUGAAAGGUAAGAUCAGUCCUUCAUUGUUUGAGUUGCGAAACCUGACUUAUUUGGACCUCAGUGUCAUUGGCUUCAGUAGGAGAGACCACAUCCCAAGUUCUAUAGGUAGUCUUAGCCAGUUAAGAUACCUCAAUCUCUCUUCUACUUCUUUUAUGGGAGAAAUUCCUCCUCAGUUUGCGAAUCUUUCGAGCUUGGAGGUUCUUGAUCUUAGCGACAAUAAUGAUUUAGUUACAACCAAAAUCCUUGAAAGUGCUUCUCACCUUUCUUCUUUAAGAAUCCUUGUUUUGUCUAGUACCAACUUGAGCACAGCGAGCGAUUGGAUGCAGAGAGUUAGCCAACUUUCUAGCCUAACAACCUUGCAGUUACAUUCUUGUCAUCUUCCAAAUAUCAGCAGCAACAAUCCUUCAUCUAUUUCCUUUGUCAAUUCUUCGAGAUCUGUCGCUUUCCUUGAUCUUCGGUGGAAUCGUCUUUCUACUUCUAUAUACCCAUGGUUGUUGAACCUUAAUAGCCUCGUUCAUCUCGAUCUCUCAGAGAACCGGUUAGAAGGUUCUUUUCCUGAAGCCCUUGGCAAGAUGGUAGACCUGACAUACCUCGAUCUCCGCUACAACAUGUUAAAAGGAUCUAUACCAGAAUCUUUUGGCAAGAUGGUAGGCCUCACAUACCUCGGUCUAAGUUUCAAUGACUUAAGUGACUCUAUACCGGAAAUUUUUUACAACAUGAGUGCCCUUGAGUACCUUGAUCUUGGCCAUAAUUUGCUGCAUGGUCAAAUCCCAACUUCCAUUUGGAACCGGAGUAAGUUACGUACAUUGAGAAUGGGUUCAAAUAAUCUUAGUGGUGAUAUCCCUCAAACCGCUUUCCAACAAUUUAAACAACUAGAAAUUUUAGACAUUUCUAGAAACUCUCUCGGAGGUGUUAUUUCUGAAGCUGGUUUUUCAAAUCUUUCUCAAUUAACAUAUUUGGAUCUGUCUUUCAACUCAUUAACUUUGGACAUCCAUCCUGAUUGGGUUCCUCCAUUUCAGUUGGAUUACAUACUGCUUGCAUCCUGCAAGUUGGGCCCUCUGUUCCCAAAAUGGCUUCAAACUCAAAAGAACUAUUAUCAACUUGAUAUUUCUAAUUCUGGUAUUUCGGAUACCAUUCCCAAUUGGUUAUGGGAUCCUUUAUCAGGUGAUAUUAUUUGGGAUGAUACUAGUUAUUUAAACCUUUCGAACAAUGAAAUCAAAGGAGAAUUCGGAAACAUUUCAUUAGAGAUUGAAAAUUAUAGUUGGCAGAUUGAUUUGAGUUCGAAUCAGUUAGAAGGUCCGGUGCCAUCUUUUUUGCUCAAUGUGGUUGCUCUAUAUAUUUCCCGGAAUAGAUUUUCGAAGCUAGAUUUUAGAUGUAACGACACAGGGUUUGCUAAUUUGGGAUUUCUGGAUGUGUCAUAUAAUCAAUUGUUUGGGGAGCUUCCUGAUUGUUGGUCGCAGUUUGAAAGCUUAGAAACUCUGAUUUUGACAGAUAACAACUUAUCAGGAAAAAUCCCAUCCUCCAUUGGUUCCUUAACCGCAUUGGGCAUAUUACAAUUAACAGACAAUAAUUUUAAUGGGGAAUUACCUACAACCUUGAAGAACUGCACAAAUUUGAUAGUUAUUGAUGUUGGAGGGAAUAAAUUAUCGGGGCUAAUCCCGUCAUGGACGGAAAACAGUUUUCCACAGCUUACCAUUCUUAACUUGCGAUCCAAUAACUUCUCUGGGAGCAUUCCAUCAAGUAUAUGUCAUUUUUCAAAUCUACAACUGCUGGACUUGUCUUCAAAUGAUAUAACAGGAAGAAUACCAAAAUGUAUCAAUAGUUUAGCUGCAAUGACAAGACGAACUGUUGAUCUCCCUGGGUCUCUGAUAUAUGGAACGUAUAUAAAGGGUCGCGAUAGUUACAAUAAAGUCAAAGUACAAAUAGAAUGGAAGGGAAAACUGACUGAGCUUGUUAGCACUCUUGAUUUUUUGAAAAGCAUAGAUCUGUCAAGCAAUAGGCUGAUUGGAGAAAUUCCGAGUGAAAUCACUCAGGUUGUUGGAUUGGUGUCUCUGAACUUGUCAAGAAACAGUUUAAGUGGACAAAUCCCUUCGGAGAUUGGUCAGUUGGCAUCUUUAGAUUCUCUUGAUUUAUCAAGGAACCACCUUGUUGGUCAAAUUCCGCCGAGCCUCACUCAUAUAGACCGCCUAAAUGCGUUGGACUUGUCAAACAACAAUUUGUCUGGAAAGAUUCCAACAAGCACUCAACUCCAGAGCUUUCCCAAUGCAUACAUGGGGAAUGCUGAGCUAUGUGGAGACCCACUUCCAACGAAAUGUCAAGAUGAAGAACUUGAAAGGACUGAUUCUGGAGCUGUUGAUGAAGAAGCUGAUGAUGAGCUCUUAACGAGGGGAUUUUACAUUAGUAUGGCACUUGGAUUCAUAAUUGCAUUCUGGGGAGUCUGUGGUACAUUAAUCUUCAACAAAUCUCUCAGAUAUGGAUAUUUCAAGCUCUUAAAUGAUGCCGGAGAUUGGGUUUACGUAAUGGCAGCAGUACACAAGGCCAAACUACUGAGAAUGAUCAAAAGCUAAAAGUACGACUCAAAAGCGCUAUCGCAUGUGUCCAAGAGAAGACUACAAGUUAUAUGGGAGACAGUUUCUUGUAUGAAGAUGCAAUUGGAGCCAAAAGAGUGUGAUUGUUGCAGCUGUGUUCUUCCUUCAAGUGUGCUGCUGAAUUGGUGUUUAUAGCAAAUAAAUUGUAAUGUUAUUUGUGAUUUUGCCUACUAUUUUCAAGUUGUAAUCAACACCUUUUUAAAUUUAUUAGAUUUUGCAGUGAAGUA